GCUUCUUCAACAACGACAUGGCUACUUAUUCAACCGUCUCAGUAGCUUGCUAGCCAACAUAAAACAGAAAUAUUGAAGGUCUUAAGAUUUUUUUGUGUGUGUAGCUACAUGAAUCUCAGUGUUUUAAACCAAAUUCUGUUUAACGUAUCUACUUGUUGAUUUAAACGUAGUUUUCUUGCUACAUUUUGAUAGUGGGCAUAACAGGCUUGUCACUAAUGCUAACUAGCUAGUUAGCUAACAUCCCUGACGAUGAGCUCGCAAAGCUACUCCCCCCUGGUCCCUGCUAAAGAAGAGGAGAUCUGCUGCACGGAGGAAGAAGCUCUGGGGCUUAACAUUGUGGUGAAAGAAGAAGAGGAGGAUGUUACAGUGAAAGAAGAGGAAGACCAUUUUAGAGUGAAAGAGGAAGAGGCUGUUACAGUGAAAGAAGAGGAAGACCAUUUUAGAGAGGAAGAGGAGGCUGUCUCAAUAAAAGAGGAGGAGGAAGACGUUUUGGGAGUGAAGGAGGAGGAAGGAGAGGAGGAGGAGGAAGAGACUGAAGAGCUGAACACCAGAGAAAGAUCAGACUGUCACUCUGACAGCGGGAAGAAUCCUUCAGGGGAACCAGAUCCAGAGACGCCCAAACCAGCGAGACGACAUCACUGCUCCCAGUGUGGAAAGAAAUUUAUCCAGUUAUCGCAUCUGAAAGAGCAUGAGAGAAUACAUACAGGAGAAAAGCCUUACCACUGUUCCCAGUGUGAAAAGAGUUUUACCCAGUUAAAUAUGCUGAAACGACAUGAAAUAAUACACACAGGAGCGAAGCCUCACCAAUGCUCCCAGUGUGGAAAUAGUUUUACCCAGCUAUGGAACCUGACAGUGCACGAGAGGGCACACACAGAGAAGCCUUACCACUGCGCUCAGUGUGGAAAGAGUUUUAGCUGGUUAGGGAGCCUGAAAGUACACGAGAAAACGCACACCGGGGAGAAGCCUUACCACUGCUCUCAGUGUGGAAAGAGAUUUUCCCAGUUGGAGCAACUGAAAAAACAUAAGAGAACACACACUGCAGAGAAGCCUUACCUCUGCUCCCAGUGUGGGAAGAGAUUUACCCUGCUGAGAAACCUGAAAAAUCAUGAGCUAAUACACUCGCUAUAUAAGCCUUACCUCUGCUCCCAGUGUGGAAAAACGUUUUUCUCAUCAGAUUCCCUGACAAAACAUGAGCUAACACACUCUGUAGAGAAGCCUUUCCACUGCUCACAGUGUGCAAAGACAUUUUUCUCAUUAGGGCCCCUGAAACAACAUGAGAGAACACACUCAGUGGAGAAACCCUAUCAUUGCUCGAAGUGUGGAAAGAGUUUUACUUCAUCGAAUUCCCUGAAAAAACAUAAAAUAAUACACUCAGGAGUGAAACCCUACCACUGUUAUCAGUGUAAAAAAAGUUUUACCCUAUCGUGGCACCUGAAACAUCAUGAGAGGACACACGCAGAAGAAAAAUCUUAUCAUUGCUCCCAGUGUGUAAAGAGUUUUACCAUGUCAACAUACCUGAAAAAACAUGAGCUAACACACUCUGUAGAGAAGCCUUUCCACUGUUCGCAUUGUGAAAAGAGUUUUAAGAAUUUAAGGAACCUGAAAGUGCAUGAGCAAAGACAUACAUGCUUUUUGGGCCCUUCCACUGCUCCCUCUGGGGAGAAAAAUGUACUUGGUUUCAGCAACUGAAAAAUCAUGAAAGAAUCCUAAUGUGAAAAGAGAUAUACAAUCAACAUGUAAAUGCAGAGUCUCAAGUAGCUGUCUGUCCCUUUUAAUAGCCGGGCAACGGCACACGUUUCAGCAAAUAAACACUUGUUUCAAAUAAACCCUCUAAAGGAAUUGUUAAUGAGGUUACCAUGAAUUACCAUUAAUUGUUUACUAGGUUUUAAUGUUUGAUUUGUUACAUCAGAUAAAAAAGGAUGGCAAUCAUUUGUUUUUAAUCACCAGUAAGAAACUGCUAGCCAUUAGCUGCUAACAGCUGAGAACUGCUCGCUUACUGGCAAGCACAAAAACAGUCAAGAACAUCGGGAGUACAGACCCCUAGAAGUUGGCUGAUCGCCAUCUGGUGUCGAAAGUAAGAAAUGCCAAAAAUGCACAGUCAAAGAGGAGAAUAAUUAUUCUGCAAAAGGAAAAUUAGUUUUUUUCCCCCAAAAUAAAGGCAUAUAUAUAUAUAUACAGGCAUAUGCCUUUAUUUUGAGGAAAAAAACAUGUUUUCCUUCAUCAGAAUAAGAUGGUUUCUGUAUGUGUAUACAACGUUUAGAACAUUACCCAACGUUUAAAACAUUACCCAACGUUUAGAACACGUUUAGAACAUUACCCAGCGUUUAGAACAUUACCCAACGUUUAGAACACGUUUAGAACAUUACCCAGCGUUUAGAACAUUAACCAGCGUUUAGAACACGUUUAGAACAUUACCCAGCGUUUAGAACAUUACCCAACGUUUAGAACAUUACCCAACGUUUAGAACAUUACCCAACGUUUAGAACACGUUUAGAACAUUACCCAGCGUUUAGAACAUUACCCAGCGUUUAGAACAUUACCCAGCGUUUAGAACAUUAACCAACAUUUAGAUCAUUACCCAGCGUUUAGAUCAUUACCCAGCGUUUAGAACAUUACCCAGCGUUUAGAACAUUACCCAGCGUUUAGAACAUUACCCAGCGUUUAGAACAUUACCCAACGUUUAGAACAUUACCCAGCGUUUAGAAACAUUACCCAGCGUUUAUGUAAGGGCUGUUGUCCUCCUCCUCCUCAGAUGAGGAGAGGAGAGAAGGAUCAGUGGACCAAUACGCAGCAGUAGGGAAAUAAGCCAUCUCUUUAUUUGAAUACGACGGCAACACGAAAACAAAACACUUACAAAAUUACAAAACAAGAAAACGACGUAGACGAAACCUGAACAUGAACUUACAUAACUAAACGUAGAACUCACGGACAGGAACAGACUACAUCAAAACGAACGAACAGCCAAACAGUCCCGUAUGGUACAGACAUGGACGAAACAGGAGACAAUCACCCACAAACAAACAGUGAGAACACCCUACCUAAAUAUGACUCUCAAUUAGAGGAAAACGCAAAACACCUGCCUCUAAUUAAGAGCCAUACCAGGCAACCCAAAACCAACAUAGAAACAGAAAACAUAGACUGCCCACCCAAAACUCACGCCCUGACCAUUAUACACAUACAAAAACAACAGAAAACAGGUCAGGAACGUUACAGUUUAGAACAUUACCCAGCGUUUAGAACAUUACUGUAACGGCUUUCCUCCUCCUCUUCAUCCGAAGAGGAGGAGCAGGGAUUGAACCAAAAUGCAGCGUUUGAAUUCGACAUAUUUAUUUACAAAACGGAAAAACACGACAACACUUUAACAAACUACAAAACAAUAAACGACGUAGACAGACCUGGACGACGAACUUACAUGAAACACGAAGAACGCAUGAACAGGAAAACUGACUACAUAAAAGAACGAACAUACAAACAAACCGAGACAGUCCCGUGUGGCGCGACAAACACAGACACAGGAGACAACCACCCACAAACAAAGUGUGAAAACACCUACCUUAAUAUGACUCUCAAUCAGAGGAAAUGAAAACCACCUGCCUCUAAUUGAGAGCCAUAUCAGGUCACCCUUAAACAAACAUAGAAACACAUAACAUAGACUACCCACCCAAACUCACGCCCUGACCGUCAAACACAUACAAAAUAACAGAAAACCGGUCAGGAACGUGACAAUUAACCAACGUUUAGAACACGUUUAGAACAUUACCCAGCGUUUAGAAACAUUACCCAGCGUUUAGAACAUUAACCAACGUUUAGAACAUUACCCAGCGUUUAGAACAUUAACCAACGUUUAGAACACGUUUAGAACAUUACCCAGCGUUUAGAACAUUACCCAGCGUUUAGAACAUUACCCAGCGUUUAGAACAUUACCCAGCGUUUAGAACAUUACCCAGCGUUUAGAACAUUACCCAGCGUUUAGAACACGUUUAGAACAUUACCCAGCGUUUAGAACAUUAACCAGCGUUUAGAACACGUUUAGAACAUUACCCAGCGUUUAGAACAUUAACACACACACAGUUGAAGUUGGAAGUUUACAUACACCUCAGCCAAAUACAUUUAAACUCAGUUUUUCACAUUUCCUGACAUUUAAUCCUAGUAAAAAGUCCCUGUCUUAGGUCAGUUAGGAUCACCACUUUAUUUUAAGAAUGUGAAAUGUCAGAAUAAUAGUAGAGUGAUUUUAUUUCAGCUUUUAUUUCUUUCAUUACAUUCCCAGUGGGUCAGAAGUUUACAUACACUCAAUUAGUAUUUGGUAGCAUUGCUGUUAAAUUGUUUAACUUGGGUCAAACAGUUCAACUGUAUAUACAUACAUACAUACAGUGGGGCAAAAAAGUACACUGCUCAAAAAAAUAAAGGGAACACUAAAAUAACACAUCCUAGAUCUGAAUGAAUGAAAUAUUCUUAUUAAAUACUUUUUUCUUUACAUAGUUGAAUGUGCUGACAACAAAACCACACAAAAAUUAUCAAUGGAAAUCAAAUUUAUCAACCCAUGGAGGUCUGGAUUUGGAGUCACACUCAAAAUUAAAGUGGAAAACCACACUACAGGCUGAUCCAACUUUGAUGUAAUGUCCUUAAAACAAGUCAAAAUGAGGCUCAGUAGUGUGUGUGGCCUCCACGUGCCUGUAUGACCUCCCUACAACGCCUGGGCAUGCUCCUGAUGAGUUGGCGGAUGGUCUCCUGAGGGAUUUCCUCACAGACCUGGACUAAAGCAACCGCCAACUCCUGGACAGUCUGUGGUGCAAUGUGGCGUUGGUGGAUGGAGCGAGACAUGAUGUCCCAGAUGUGCUCAAUUGGAUUCAGGUCUGGGGAACGGGCAGGCCAGUCCAUAGCAUCAAUGCCUUCCUCUUGCACUCAGGGCCAACUGACCCAGGGCCAACUGCACCAGCAUAUGGUCUCACAAGGGGUCUGAGGAUCUCAUCUCGGUACCUAAUGGCAGUCAGGCUACCUCUGGCGAGCACAUGGAGGGCUGUGCGGCCCCACAAAGAAGUGCCACUCCACACCAUGACUGACCCACCGCCAAACCGGUCAUGCUGGAGGAUGUUGCAGGCAGCAGAACGUUCUCCACGGCGUCUCCAGACUCUGUCACGUCUGUCACAUGCUCAGUGUGAACCUGCUUUCAUCUGUGAAGAGCACAGGGCGCCAGUGGAGAAUUUACCAAUCUUGGUGUUCUCUGGCAAAUGCCAAACGUCCUGCACGGUGUUGGGCUGUAAGCACAACCCCCACCUGUGGACGUCGGGCCCUCAUACCACCCUCAUGGAGUCUGUUUCUGACCGUUUGAGCAGACAUGCACAUUUGUGGCCUGCUGGAGGUCAUUUUGCAGGGCUCUGGCAGUGCUCCGCCUGCUCCUCCUUGCACAAAGGCGGAGGUAGCGGUCCUGCUGCUGGGUUAUUGCCCUCCUACGGCCUCCUCCACGUCUCCUGAUGUACUGGCCUGUCUCCUGGUAGCGCCUCCAUGCUCUGGACACUACGCUGACAGACACAGCAAACCUUCUUGCCACAGCUCGCAUUGAUGUGCCAUCCUGGAUGAGCUGCACUACCUGAGCCACUUGUGUGGGUUGUAGACUCCGUCUCAUGCUACCACUAGAGUGAAAGCACCGCCAGCAUUCAAAAGUGACCAAAACAAUACAUUGUGUUGUUUAAGUGUUCCCUUUAUUUUUUUGAGCAGUGUAUUUAGUCAGCCACCAAUUGUGCAAGUUUUCCCACUUAAAAAGAUGAGAGAGGCCUGUAAUUUUCAUCAUAGGUACACUUCAACUAUGACAGACAAAAUGAGAAGAAAAAACAUCCAGAAAAUCACAUUGUAGGAUUUUUAAUGAAUUUAUCUGCAAAUUAUGGUGGAAAAUAGGUAUUUGGUCACCUACAAACAAGCAAGAUUUCUGACUCUCACAGACCUGUAACUUCUUCUUUAAGAGGCUCCUCUGUCCUCCACUCGUUACCUGUAUUAAUGGCACCUGUUUGAACUUGUUAUCAGUAUAAAAGACACCUGUCCACAACCUCAAACAGUCACACUCCAAACUCCACUAUGGCCAAGACCAAAGAGCUGUCAAAGGACACCAGAAACAAAAUUGUAGACCUGCAUCAGGCUGGGAAGACUGAAUCUGCAAUAGGUAAGCAGCUUGGUUUGAAGAAAUCAACUGUGGGAGCAAUUAUUAGGAAAUGGGAGACAUACAAGACCACUGAUAAUCUCCCUCGAUCUGGGGCUCCACGCAAGAUCUCACCCCGUGGGGUCAAAAUGAUCACAAGAACGGUGAGCAAAAAUCCCAGAACCACACGGGGGGACCUAGUGAAUGACCUGCAGAGAGCUGGGACCAAAGUAACAAAGCCUACCAUCAGUAACACACUACGCCGCCAGGGACUCAAAUCCUGCAGUGCCAGACGUGUCCCCCUGCUUAAGCCAGUACAUGUCCAGGUCCGUCUGAAGUUUGCUAGAGAGCAUUUGGAUGAUCCAGAAGAAGAUUGGGAGAAUGUCAUAUGGUCAGAUGAAACCAAAAUAUAACUUUUUGGUAAAAACUCAACUCGUCGUGUUUGGAGAACAAAGAAUGCUGAGUUGCAUCCAAAGAACACCAUACCUACUGUGAAGCAUGGGGGUGGAAACAUCAUGCUUUGGGGCUCUUUUUCUGCUAAGGGACCAGGACGACUGAUCCGUGUAAAGGAAAGAAUGAAUGGGGCCAUGUAUCGUGAGAUUUUGAGUGAAACCCUCCUUUCAUCAGCAAGGGCAUUGAAGAUGAAACGUGGCUGGGUCUUUCAGCAUGACAAUGAUCCCAAACACACCCCCCGGGCAAUGAAGGAGUGCCUUCGUAAGAAGCAUUUCAAGGUCCUGGAGUGGCCUAGCCAGUCUCCAGAUCUCAACCCCAUAGAAAAUCUUUGGAGGGAGUUGAAAGUCUGUGUUGCCCAGGAACAGCCCCAAAACAUCACUGCUCUAGAGGAGAUCUGCAUGGAGGAAUGGGCCAAAAUACCAGCAACAGUGUGUGAAAACCUUGUGAAGACUUACAGAAAACGUUUGACCUCUGUCAUUGCCAACAAAGGGUAUAUAAAGUAUUGAGUAUUGAGAAUUGAGAAACUUUUGUUAUUGUAUUGAGAAACUUUUGUAUUGAGAAACUUUUGUUAUUGACCAAAUACUUAUUUUCCACCAUAAUUUGCAAAUAAAUUCAUUAAAAAUCCUACAAUGUGAUUUUCUGGAUUUUUUCCCCUCAUUUUGUCUGUCAUAGUUGAAGUGUACCUAUGAUGAAAAUUACAGGCCUCUCUCAUCUUUUUAAGUGGGAGAACUUACACAAUUGGUGGCUGACUAAAUACUUUUUUGCCCCACUGUACAUACAUACAUACAUACAUACAUACAUUAAGGAAAUGGACACCUGGCUCAAAUAGGAGCCUGUUGUGUUCAGUGAUUUAAGCAAAUAGAAGCCUGGACUGUACUCAUACAAAAUUGUUAUUUUAUUUUAAAAACAUGAAUUGAACAUGGAGUGAGUGAGUCUGUUUGAAUAUAGAGUAUGUCGGGGAGGGGUGUAUUUUGUUCUCUAGGCCAAUGACAUCAGAGGGCACCAUCACACCAACUCCUUGAAGUUUGCAGUUUGUGUCUAAAAACACUGUUUUGAUCAAAACCUUAAAAAAAAACCGUUUACCCCUGAAGUGUUCAAAUAUAGCUGGAGUGCAUCUUUAAUUAUUUAUUUAUUUAUAAAAGGUAUACCUAGGUAAUAUUAUGACAUACAGAAUGUUGCAGACACAUUCAUAAAUAUUUGGUCCAGUGUAUGAAUGUCUGUCUGUCAUCACUCAGCUUUCAUAAAUAUUUGGUCCAGUGUAUGAAUGCCUGUCUGUCAUCACUCAGCUUUCAAUUGGAUUGAUUUGUUUUAAGGCAUGUGCAGUGGAGCAGGUCGAGAGCUUCAAGUUCCUCACUGUUGCUAGGUAACACGCUGAGAUUUAUGGGAAGAAGCUGCCAGGGGAACUGAUUAGAUCCAAUUAAAUUUCCUCAGUGUCCAACUCACUAAGAACUUAAAAUGGUCCACACACAGUCACAAAGAAGGCGUGACAGCAUUGGCAGUAGAAUGGCCCGUAUUGAAGAGCUCAGUGACUUUCAACGUGGCACCGUCAUAGGAUGCCACCUUUUCCAACAAGUCAGUUCAUCAAAAUGUCUACACUGCUAGAGCUGCCCUGGUCCACUGUAAGUGCUGUUAUGGUGAAGUGGAAACAUCUAGUAGCAACAACGGCUCAGCAGCGAAGUGGUAGGACACACAAGCUCACAGAACAGGGCCGCCGAGUGCUGAAGCACGUAAUACGUCAAAAUCCUCUGUCCUCGGCUGCAACACUCACUACCGAGUUCCAAACUGCCUGGAAUCAACGUCAGCACAAGAACUGUUUGUUGGGAGCUUCAUGAAAUGUGUUUCCACGGCCGAGCAGCCGCACACAAGCCUAAGAUCAUCCUGCGUAAUGCCAAGCAUAGGCUGGAGUCGUGUAAAGCUCUUCGCCAUUGGACUCGUUCAGGCAAAUCCCUGCUUGAUUCAAUGCUUCCUCUUUCUAUUCCACAUCAACUAACUCAUGCCGGCAGUAAAAUUUGAUUUAAAAAAAAAGAUAAAAAUACACUUUAUGGAACAGCGAGGACUGUGAAGCAACACAAACAUAGACACAUGCAUACAAACACACGAUAACAUACACACUAUAUACACACGUGGAUUUUGUGUUAUAGAUAUGUGGUAAUGGAGUAGGGGCCUGAGGGCACACACUUAAUAUGUUGUGAAAUCUGUUAUGAAUAUAUUGUACUGUUUUUAAAAUGUAUAACUGCCUUCAUUUUGCUGGACCCCCGGAAGAGUAGCUGCUACCUUGGCAGCAGCUAAUGGGGAUCCAUAUUAAAUACAAAUGUGGGAUCCCUUAAAAUUGAAAUAGGUUCCUCUGAGAGAAUCUUUAAUCGUCUCAAACACAUGAAUAACUUGUUUCUCUUCAAAUGGGUCUAGAAUACAACCUUUUACACGGUCAGAAUUCACUGUCAUGUCAUUGCGUGUUGGGACAGCCUGUGGGACCUAACAUUUAGUGAAAUAUUAAGACAAUAGAAAGACAAGUUCAUAUUAUUAUCAUGAACACUGAACAAAAAUGUAAACAACAACUUCAGAACUUUGACUGAGUUACAGUUCAUAUCACCAGUCCUGACUUCCUGUAUGUAGUCAAGGAAUAGUAUUGAGGAAACCAGUCACCAGUCCUGACUUCCUGUAUGUAGUCAAGGAAUAGUAUUGAGGAAAUCAGUCACCAGUCCUGACUUCCUGUAUGUAGUCAAGGAAUAGUAUUGAGGAAACCAGUCACCAGUCCUGACUUCCUGUAUGUAGUCAAGGAAUAGUAUUGAGGAAACCAGUCACCAGUCCUGACUUCCUGUAUGUAGUCAAGGAAUAGUAUUGAGGAAACCAGUCACCAGUCCUGACUUCCUGUAUGUAGUAAAGGAAUAGUAUUGAGGAAACCAGUCACCAGUCCUGACUUCCUGUAUGUAGUCAAGGAAUAGUAUUGAGGAAACCAGUCACCAGUCCUGACUUCCUGUAUGUAGUAAAGGAAUAGUAUUGAGGAAACCAGUCACCAGUCCUGACUUUCUGUAUGUAGUAAAGGAAUAGUAUUGAGGAAACCAGUCACCAGUCCUGACUUCCUGUAUGUAGUCAAGGAAUAGUAUUGAGGAAACCAGUCACCAGUCCUGACUUCCUGUAUGUAGUCAAGGAAUAGUAUUGAGGAAACCAGUCACCGUCACCAGUCCUGACUUCCUGUAUGUAGUAAACUAAUAGCAUUGAGGAAACCAGUCACCAUCACCAGUCCUGACUUCCUGUAUGUAGUCAAGGAAUAGUAUUGAGGAAAUAUCCACAAACCAUUUCUGACCUGCUUUGUCAUGCUGAAACAGGAAAGAGCUUUCUCCAAACUGUUGCCACAAAGUUUGACGCACAGAAUCGUCUCGUGUCAUUGUGUGCUGAAGCGUUAAGAUUUCCCUUCACUGGAACUGAGGGAACAUUAUUCCUCCUGGACCAACCGUUAUAGUUGCCACUGCAGUCAGGCAGGUAGCUUUCUCUUGGCGUCCGCCAAACCCAGAUUCGUCCGUUGGACUGCCAGAGUCAUCAGUGAUGAAGCGUUCCCACUGCUCCAGAGUCCAUUGGCGGCGAGCUUUUACACCACUCCAGCUGACGCUUGGUAUUGGCCUUGGGGAUUUUCGGCUUGUGUUCGGCCAUGGAAACCCAUUUCAUGACGUGUACAACAGCGUGUUCCAGUUCCCACCAACAUCCAGCCACUUCGCAAAGCCAUUGAAGAGGAGUGGGACAACAUUACACAGGCCACAAUCAACAGCCUGAUCAACUCUAUGAGAAGGAGAUGUGUCGCGCUGCAUAAAGCAAAUGGUGGUCACACCAGAUACUGACUGGUUUUCUGGAAUUUAUUUCAAAUGACUGAUGUCCUUUAUAUGAACUGUGUGAAAUCCUGCAUUGUUGUGUGUUACGUUGUUAUUUUUGU